AUGAUGAAGGCAAAUGAGAAACGUGCUGUCUCCUCCCGCGACACCGACAAGAUCGUCCACAGCUCGCACCACUCAAGCCUCCAGGUUUCCGCCAACACCGCCGACUUGGAGCUCUUCUCAAAGAACCCUACCUGCAUCCUGUCGCCAGAAGGAGAGGCGGGUAUAUCUCUUAUCCUGGAUGGGCAGUCUAUCGAUAUCAAAACUUGCGAGCCGAUCAAGGAUCUCUGGUGGGACGUUUGGAACUGCAACUGCACGUGUGUCUACUCGGGGGUCCAGAGCUCUAUGAACGGAGACGGCGACGAUGCCUCCAAUUUGAAUAAGACCUUCCUGCGUGGCAUUCAGAAGACAGGCUCUGACGGCGUCGCCCAAUUCAAUAUCUUCGGUCACAUCUCUCACAUCGGUCAACUCUUCUUUGAUCAUGAUCUGAUCACGAAAAUUGAGGCCACUUUCUCUUGCAACACCAACACUGUCGAUAUCACCGAGAAUGUUGAUGACCACGUCGUUAUUGUCGAGAAAAAGGACUCCCCUUCGGAUCUGUUCUUCGAAUAUGCCCUGCCCUGCUCGGCGACUCAGUCCAGGAUGGUAUUUUCUGCUGGAUCAUCAUGGGCGUGA